AUGAACCUACAGCAUCACGCCCAAGCCCGGCCACCGCCCUCCCUGUCCGGACAGCCUGCGUAUUCCAUGACGGGGGGCUUUGCGCCGUCGCAACAAAUGGGCCAGCUGCCGGGCCAGGUUGCCUAUUCGCUACCGCACAACUACCUGUACAACCCACACGCACAGGGCAACGGCGCAGCCGAACGACCCUUCAAAUGCAACUCAUGCCCCCAGGCCUUCAGUCGCAAUCACGAUCUCAAGAGGCACAAGCGAAUCCACUUGGCCGUGAAGCCCUAUCCUUGCACAUACUGCGACAAGCAGUUCUCGCGAAAGGACGCGCUCAAGCGUCACCGUCUUGUCAAGGGCUGCGAGCAAAAGGUACUGGCACAGCAAAAGAAGGACCAAGGGGGCGACAGACGAGACGACGAUGUCGGUAGUAUCAGCUCUGUCGAUGAACGAAAUUAA